UUUCUGAUUAAGGUGUGCCAUCUUCACUUUUCGUCGUUCACCGAUUUUCGCCUUUUUUCGUGUUUCGCAUUUCGGCUUUUUAACUUUCGACUUUCGUCUUUCGCUUUUCAAAAGCACUUUAAACACAUCGUUGUUAUUUCACUCCUAAAUCCCAGAAAGGAAUCCAAUCUAGGCUUAUUUAUGUUCGCAAAUGUCGGUCCACAGAUCCCAACCCGGCGGCCACAUUAAAAGUUUUUUUUUAUCUCCUUUCAUUUUUUUAAAUAAUUUAUUCAAUCAACAACAUCCUUUAUUUACUACAUACCAAUUUGUCGAGUAUUUAGAUAUCCUCUUUCUUUUUUUAUUUUUAUCUGUUUUUAACCCAUUCAUCAUUUAG